AUGGCUUCUAAAUUGACGGAAGCUUCAAUUGACCCAAACCUCAAAUUAGACUAUAUGAUCCACCGAUAUCGUGAUCCGAGGCUCGUGGAUGGCACCAUCAAGCUCGGCGGAAUGACCGAAGAUGACGGACCAAAUACUACCCCUCUCCGCAAUCUGCGACUCCUCAUUCCCCCUCAGCGAUCACAUCGAGUCUCACAACAACAACAAAGCAAUAUGGGAGACGAGAAAAUCACGUUCGAGCAGAAUGGACUUAGCUUCUUUGGCCUUUUCAGGCGGGGUUCAAACGCAAAGGGACUGCCACUGAUCGUCCUGAUUCACGGCGGGGGAGCAACAUCCGCAUUCUUCGAUAACCCGGUGGUCUCAGUAGUUGAUGAGUUCAACAAGCUUGGGAAUAAUGUUCUUAACAUCUCCCGCCCUGGCUACCGGGGAACCCCCGCACCGACUAGCUUGACACCCCUACGAGACUCGAUCUCGGUGUUUAUCGACUUCAUCAACUCCGUCUACAAGACACGAAGUGAUACAGGCCAUGAUGGGAUUAUCUUAGUGGGCCAUUCGCUUGGCGGAGCCCUGGCCCUGUCUAUCACCUACGAAGCGCAUGGUCGAUUGCCUAUCCUGGGAGUAAGUGCUAUGGGGUGUUUGCCGACCUUGAAGCCGCUGGGAAUACUCGGCGAGACAGACCCAGAGCCAGAGAACCCGAGAUUCAUCGUGGAAAGCAACCCGGAGAACAUCAAACGGUUUAUGGGUAGACCAGAGUGGCUGAAUCCCGAUGCAUUGUCCGAGGAUAUCGUUGCGGCGGUUUUCGAACCCGGCAUCAAGUCUGAAAUCAGGGAGUAUCAAACACCAGAGCUGUACCAGUACCUGCUUGAUACCGUCUUCCCUGGUAUCCAGGUACCAGUCCAGUAUUUAGCGGCGGGAAACGAAAUCCUGUGGGACGAUGAAGACCCCUUGCAAGGGAAGACUAUAUUCGACGCUCUGGUAUCGUAUUUCAAAUCAGCACCGAAUAUUGAUGCUGCGAUCCUCCCACGGGGUGGGCACAACUAUGAAUUUUCGCAGAAUGUCAGCUUGCUUCUCACGCGCAGGAACCACUUUGUCCAGAAAUUGAUGACACGGCCCGGAGAUGAUGGAGACAAGGUAGCCUCUCAACUCCCUUUCACCAAAAUCCCCAUCUUGGAUUAUGCGCGAACAACCUCGCAAACCACGCGGUCCACAUUUUUGGAAGCGCUAAGGGAUGCCAUUGUCAAUGUGGGCUUCUUCUACCUCAAGAACACUGGUGUGCCGGAUGAAUUAUAUCAAGAAUUAUCGGAGCAGUCUUCUGCUCUCUUCAACCUACCAUUGGAUAAGAAACUGGAGAUUGAAAUGGUCAACAGCAAACAUUUCCUCGGUUAUUCCCGACUCGGCCAGGAAAUUACAGCUCUGAAGAACGACUACCGGGAGCAAUUUGAUUUUGCGACGGAGCUACCUGCUCCCGGCCCUAAAGAGCCCCUGUAUCGCAACAUUCGGGGACCAAACCAGUGGCCAGAUCCGAGUCUCCUGCCCAACUUCCGCCCAGUUAUUGAGAGAUAUCUUGAAGCUAUCGAAGUAUUCUCAACCACGUUUAGAUCUCUCGUUGCCGAGGCACUUGACCUACCCGCAAAUGCUUUUGACGACUUCUUCGAUGUUCCUCUGCAGAACAAGUUCAAACUGAUCAAGUACCCGGAGCCCAUCGACUCUCACCCCGGUGAAGAAACCCAAGGUGUCGGCCCACACAAGGACUCAUGCUUCCUCACGUUUCUCCAACAAGCUACCCCCCAUACAGGACUGGAGGUGCAAAAUAAAGCCGGAACAUGGCUUCCAGUUCAUCCUAUCCCUGGAACUCUUGUCAUCAACAUUGGCCGCUCCCUCGAAGCCAUAACCGGUGGAGUAUGUACUGCGACAACGCACCGAGUGAAUUUGCGUCGAGAAAAUUAUCUAGAUGUGAAAGGCCAGUCACUUGGCCCACGCUUCUCAUUUGCUGUUUUUCAAGGCGUGAGUCUUGACUUGGGUGUUGAGAAAAUCAACAUCGAGAUUCCGCAACAUGUCAAAAACUUGGUGAAAGAUGAGAAGGUACGAUCGGAUGCUGAGGCUACAUUUAACGAGAUGUUUAACGGGAGCAUUGGCGAGGGCACUCUUAUUGCACGUAUCACGAGUCAUCAGGAUGUUGCGGAACGGUGGUAUCCUGAUCUUUUGAAGAAGGCCUUGAAAGCUCAGAGUGAGAAACGGUGA